AUGUACGCCGUAAACCUCCGCCUGAUUCUGGUGAGUGGGAAGACGAAGGAGUACCUGUUCAAUCCCACGGAAUCUGCAGGGGAGAUCGCCCAGUAUGUGUUUGAUCACUGGCCAGAGGAGUGGAGUGAGGAAAGCGUGUCGAAGGCAGAGAUCCUGCGGCUGAUCUACCAGGGCAGGUUCCUUCACGGUGAUGUCACCCUUGGUGCUCUGGGCCUUCCGACCGGGAAGACCACCGUCAUGCAUUUGGUUCCUCGUGAGAACCUCCCCGAGCCCAACUCCCAAGGUGAGCAGAAUGAAUAUAUGGAAAAAGGAAAAGGAAAAGCCCGUAUUAUCAACGGCAGAAGAGCAAAGGUCGAGGAAGCCAAUGCUGCUCCCCGUCUUGCUCUAUCUUGUAACUCCAUCUGGGGUUCAUCUAGGCUAUUGAAAAUGGAAAACGGGUCCUGAUAUCCUCCAGAAGUGGCCAAUGCGUCGUUGUGGGAUGAGGGAUGACACUGGGAAGACAAGUGAACUAUGUAAGGGAAAAAGAGGAAGAGAACCCUUUGCUUGCCCCCUGUGUCUCCCCCGGGUUGUGAUUUUCAAUGGUGUGAAUGAGCGUGCACCCAAGACUUUCCCCCCCUGUGGCGUAUUGAGCAUGCUUGUGACACCAGAAGAAAAUUUAUGAGAAGUCGUAUCGAUUCUGGGGAUACGGACUCCCUCUUGAAAAAUUUAGUGAUCUCCUUGAAUGAUGAAGUUUGUCUGCCUGUUCUCUUAUUCCUCUAGCUUUGGAGACAUUUUCCUCCAAUUCUGUCAUGAUAUUGGAUUUUCCCUUUGGAUGUCCCUUUUCUGAGUUACCAGCCAAAGCAUGCACACUUUAUUCUUCCAGACACAAAUUUUUGAGAGGGUUUUUUCUUGGACCACAUGGAUUAUAUCGAGUGAAUCUGAGUCUUUCUAGAAUGAAAAUUUUCUUGCCUUUAUUUUCCCUCAACCCAAUAUUUUCAUCCCACUUCAGCCUACAGUGAAUCAUUCUCCCUGCAAAAUUUGUCAGUGAUGAACAUGGAUGUUUGUUUCAUUGGAGGCUUCAUGAAAAAAAGAUGAUGUUAUCUA